UGGUAAAUACCAUUUCCAUUUGGUUAUCCGCUUGAAUUUGAUUAUAGUUUGCGACAAUAUAAUUAUAAACAUUUUUGUGCCGGACAUCCUUCAAGAGCUGUUGUUUUAUGUCAUAUUUGUUUAAAAAUGGUUGAAUCUUGCAGUGCGGUGAAUUGUUGCAAAAGACGCAGAAAAGAUGUGAAAAUGAAGUUUCACAGGAUACCUACAGAUCCUAACAUGAAGUUGUGGUUACAUGCUAUAAGAAGAGAAAAAUUUACUCUCAGUACAACAACGGUAAUUUGUGAAAAGCAUUUCACUCCAGAGGAUUAUGAAGUUAGUGUUCAUGGAAAUAAGGUACUAAAAAAGGUGGCAGUUCCUUCUGUUUUUGAUUUUCCAGCCCAUCUCAUGAAAGAACCUAGCCAUCGAAGGGUUUUGAAAAGAAAACAUGAAUACAUAAUUUCUAGAAUGAACUAUGAUAUAACCUAUAUUGUAUUAUAAUGAAAAACUGUGCAUCUACAGUAUUGUUAAUGCCAUUGUGCACAAAUAUUUUGUAUACAUAUAUAUAUGUGAGAAAAUUAUCAUUUUCCUAGGG